CUCAACCCAGGCAGUUGUGGCGGAAACGUCUCCGUUUCCCAACCAACCAACUGCCAGCCGCAAAGUCGUCGAAGUUCGAUCCAUGGCGACGGCGUCGCGGCUGCUGCUGCCCUCGCCCCCUCCAGCUGCCCCAACAUGUCGCUAUCCCACCCUCCUUACUGUCCCUCGCAGUUGCCGCCUCGCCAUCCCGACCUUCCGCUGCCGCGCCACCGCCGCGGCGGCCGUUGACGCUGCUGCGCCGCUGCUGCUAGAGGAGCGCGCCGGCGCGGUGGCCGUCCGAGAGUUUGUCACGCUCGACGAGCUCCGCGCAGCUGUGCGCCUCCGCGUUCGCACCUUCUACGAGUACUCUCGCGACACAGUCGGAGCCGAGGAUCACAGAAAAGGUUUGGCAGAAAGGGAGUAUGAAGCAUUACAAAAUCGGAUUUCUGGGAAUAUGAUUAACUUUCAGAGAGUCGCUUGUAUAAAUGGGACAGUACCACUGCUGCCAUCAUUGAUGUCAGCCGAGGAGCUUUGUUCAGCAUGCAAGUUUGUUGAAGAUGGGGAAGAGAGAAUAGUAGUUGGUAGUUUAGACCUGAAUCAGUGCCUCUGGUUACCAGAUGAACUGACCGGAAAGAGGCCAGGGGUAAAUGAAUCCAGCCAUACACGGGCAUAUCUAAGUAAUGUCUGUGUUGCCAAGGAGCUCCAAAGGAACGGGCUGGGCUAUGCACUGGUUGACAAGUCUAAGAAACUUGCUCGUGAAUGGGGCAUAACAGACUUGUAUGUUCAUGUGGCCAUCAACAACGAAGCAGCGCAAAAACUGUACAUGAAGAGUGGAUUUGUGUACGAAAGUGAGGAGCCUGCUCAGCAGGCUAGACAUCUUGGGCGCCCUCGAAGGCUUCUUCUUUGGCUUGAUAUGAAGAAUGAGCCCUUGUGAACUGACGUGUAAAUACAUUUAAUUCAUAGCGUAUAUAUAUUGCUGUGAUAAUAAUUUUGUCCUCCCUAAUUACAGUAGCCCCCUUUUUUUCUUUUGGGGGAAAUGAAUACAAUUCCAAGUACUUAAAUUAAGGUUCCCUCAGCAUACUUUUUACUA